GCGAACGGGCAGGAGCAGCGGGAGCCAGAGCGCCAGUACCGCCCUGACCCUCUUCUCGCCGGGCGGAGGGGCCGCACCUGCCCGCAAGGCAGUAACAUAAAGACGUGUCAUACAGGAUAUAAGAAAAGGAGGAAGAGUAAAGAGGGAGACAAACUUUCUCAGAAGUUAUUUGUACAAAGGUUUCUUGCCUAUACUUACAUAACUACUGCAAGCUAUCAAGUCUUAUGAAGCUGAACUUCAUUCUUCAAGUGUGAUUUACUCAGUGCAGGAUAAAAUCAUGAUGAAAAAGAUGAGCAUACCUACAAGCAAAACUUCCCUGGUCCUUUUUCUGUGCCAAAUUAUUUCUGCACUGGAAGUACCUCUUGACUCAAAACUUCUAGAAGAAUUGUCACAACCUCCUACGAUAACUCAGCAGUCUCCAAAAGAUUACAUUGUUGACCCUCGAGAGAAUAUUGUAAUACAGUGUGAAGCCAAAGGAAAGCCACCUCCUAGCUUCUCUUGGACACGCAAUGGAACUCAUUUUGAUAUAGAUAAAGAUGCACAGGUAACAAUGAAACCAAAUUCAGGGACUCUUGUCAUAAAUAUUAUGAAUGGUGGGAAGGCAGAAGCAUAUGAGGGAGUUUACCAGUGUACAGCAAGGAAUGAACGAGGAGCAGCUAUUUCCAACAAUAUCGUUAUAAGGCCUUCUAGAUCGCCUUUGUGGACAAAAGAAAAGCUAGAACCAAAUCAUGUUCGUGAAGGUGAUUCACUAGUACUGCACUGCAGACCUCCUGUUGGCUUACCACCACCCAUCAUAUUUUGGAUGGAUAAUGCUUUCCAAAGGCUGCCUCAAAGCGAGAGAGUUUCCCAAGGUCUAAAUGGAGAUCUUUAUUUUUCUAAUGUACAACCAGAAGACACCCGGGAGGACUAUAUCUGCUAUGCAAGAUUUAAUCAUACGCAAACUAUACAGCAGAAACAACCCAUAUCUGUAAAAGUCUUUUCAAUGGAUUCAUUGAAUGACACUAUAGCUGCUAAUUUGAGUGACACUGAUAUUUAUGGUGCAAAGCCAGUUACAGAAAGGCAGCCCGUUCUUCUAACACCAACAGGUAGCACAAGUACCAAAGUGGAACUCAGAGGAAAUGUGCUUUUGUUGGAGUGCAUUGCAGCAGGAUUACCCACACCAGUAAUCCGCUGGAUCAAAGAGGGUGGGGAACUGCCAGCCAACAGAACAUUUUUUGAAAACUUUAAGAAAACUCUCAAGAUUAUAGAUGUUUCAGAAGCUGACUCUGGGAACUACAAAUGUACAGCAAGAAAUACAUUAGGUUCAGUUCAUCAUGUCAUUUCAGUAACUGUGAAAGCUGCUCCAUACUGGAUAACAGCACCCAGAAACUUGGUCUUGUCUCCUGGAGAAGAUGGAACAUUGAUCUGCAGAGCUAAUGGCAACCCAAAGCCUAGUAUAAGCUGGUUAGCAAAUGGUGUUCCCAUAGCAAUUGCCCCAGAAGAUCCCAGCAGAAAGGUGGAUGGUGACACCAUUAUUUUCUCACACGUGCAAGAAAGGUCAAGUGCUGUCUAUCAGUGCAAUGCUUCUAAUGAAUAUGGAUACUUGCUAGCAAAUGCAUUUGUGAAUGUUCUGGCUGAGCCACCAAGAAUUCUGACUCCUGCUAAUAAACUCUAUCAAGUCAUUGCGGACAGUCCCGCAUUGCUAGACUGUGCUUAUUUUGGGUCACCUAAGCCUGAAAUUGAAUGGUUUAAGGGAGUGAAAGGUAGCAUCUUGCGUGGAAAUGAGUACGUUUUCCAUGAUAAUGGAACCUUGGAAAUUCCAGUGGCUCAGAAGAAUAGUGCUGGUACAUACACGUGUGUAGCAAGGAAUGAAUUAGGAAAGAUACAAAAUGAGGUGCACUUGGAAAUUAAAGAUCCAACAAUGAUCAUUAAACAGCCAGAAUACAAAGUGAUUCAGAGAUAUGGCCAGGCUUCUUUUGAGUGUAUAAUAAAACAUGAUUCUACGUUACUACCAACAGUUACAUGGUUGAAGGACAAUGAUGAACUGCCAGAUGAUGAAAGGUUUCUAGUUGGUAAAGACAACUUGACCAUUAUGAAUGUAACUGAUAAAGAUGAUGGAACAUACACUUGCAUAGUUAAUACUACUCUGGACAGUGUUUCAGCAAGUGCUGUGCUUACUGUUGUUGCUGCUCCCCCAACUCCAGCUAUCAUUUACGCUCGGCCAAAUCCACCCUUUGACUUGGAAUUGACAGGUCAGCUAGAAAGAAGCGUUGAACUCUCAUGGAUACCAGGAGAUGAAAACAACAGUCCCAUUACAAACUUUGUAAUUGAAUAUGAAGAUGCACUGCAUGAACCAGGAGUGUGGCAUUACCAGACUGAAGUCCCUGGCACUCAGACAACAGUGCAGCUGAAGUUGUCUCCGUAUGUCAACUACUCAUUCCGUGUGAUAGCUGUCAAUAAGAUUGGCAGAAGUCAGCCAAGUGAACCAUCUGAGCAGUACCUGACGAAAUCUGCAAGCCCUGAUGAAAAUCCUGCUAAUGUACAGGGGAUAGGCUCAGAACCUGAUAAUUUGGUAAUAACAUGGGAGCCCUUAAAAGGUUUUCAGUCUAACGGACCAGGGCUUCAGUACAAAGUCAGCUGGCGCCAGAAGGAUGUUGAUGAUGAAUGGACAUCUGUUAUAGUUGCAAAUGUAUCUAAAUAUAUUGUGUCUGGUACACCAACUUUUGUUCCAUAUGAAGUAAAAGUUCAAGCUUUAAAUGACUUGGGGUAUGCACCAGAACCAUCAGAGGUGAUUGGACAUUCAGGGGAAGACUUGCCAAUGGUUGCUCCAGGCAAUGUACAGGUUCACGUUAUUAACAGCACAUUAGCAAAGGUGCAUUGGGACCCAGUUCCACUAAAAACUGUCCGAGGACACCUUCAAGGGUACAAAGUUUACUACUGGAAAGUGCAGAGUCUAUCCAGAAGGAGUAGACGACAUGUAGAAAAAAAGAUCUUGACUUUCAGGGGAAAUAAGACUUUUGGAAUGUUACCAGGGCUGGAGCCCUAUAGUUCUUACAAGCUGAAUGUUAGAGUUGUUAAUGGUAAAGGAGAAGGACCAGCAAGCCCAGAUAAAGUAUUUAAGACCCCUGAAGGAGUUCCUAGCUCACCCUCCUUUCUGAAGAUUACUAACCCAACAUUGGACUCUCUGACUCUGGAGUGGGGUUCACCCACCCAUCCAAAUGGCGUCUUGACAUCAUAUACACUGAAGUUUCAGCCAAUCAACAACACACAUGAAUUGGGUCCCUUGGUAGAGAUAAGAAUUCCUGCCAACGAAAGCAGCUUGAUAUUAAAAAAUUUAAAUUACAGCACCCGGUACAAGUUUUACUUUAAUGCACAAACUUCAGUUGGAUCAGGAAGUCAGAUAACUGAGGAAGCAGUAACAAUUAUGGAUGAAGCUGGUAUUCUCCAUCCUGCUGUAGGUGCAGGCAAAGGAUAUUCAGAAAUCCUUUUUGCAACUUCCCCAGUCAUGCACACUGUCCGUCCAACAUUCUAUAAGGUUCAACCACUUUAUCCAAGGAUCAGAAAUGUUACAACAGCUGCUGCUGAGACCUAUGCCAAUAUCAGUUGGGAGUAUGAGGGACCAGAUCAUGCGAACUUUUAUGUUGAAUAUGGUGUAGCAGGCAGCAAAGAAGAUUGGAAAAAGGAAAUUGUAAAUGGUUCUCGAAGCUUCUUUGUCUUAAAGGGUUUAACACCAGGAACAGCAUAUAAAGUCCGGGUUGGUGCUGAGGGCCUGUCUGGUUUUAGGAGUGCAGAGGAUGUGUUUGAGACAGGUCCAGCAAUGGCAAGCCGGCAGGUAGACAUCGCUACUCAAGGAUGGUUCAUUGGUCUUAUGUGUGCUGUUGCUCUUCUGAUCUUAAUUUUACUGAUUGUUUGCUUCAUAAGAAGGAAUAAGGGUGGCAAGUAUCCAGUGAAGGAAAAGGAGGAUGCACAUGCUGAUCCAGAAAUACAACCUAUGAAGGAAGAUGAUGGAACGUUUGGUGAAUACAGGUCUCUUGAAAGCGAUGCAGAGGACCAUAAACCUCUAAAAAAAGGAAGCCGGACACCUUCAGACAGAACUGUGAAAAAAGAAGACAGUGAUGAUAGUUUAGUUGACUAUGGAGAAGGUGUAAAUGGUCAGUUCAAUGAGGAUGGCUCCUUUAUUGGACAAUAUAGUGGUAAAAAAGAGAAAGAACCUGCAGAAGGAAAUGAAAGCUCUGAGGCCCCUUCUCCUGUAAAUGCCAUGAAUUCAUUUGUGUAACCACAGAACUCGAUCCCCUUGUAUCUUCAGUUUGCUUAAAGCACUUGUACAUCCUCCUUCUCAUACUAUGAACUCACAGGUAACGGAGCUCCUCACCACCAGAUGUUAAUGCUAUGAGAAUAUGCAGGUUACCAGUACACAGCAUAAUGACACAGUAAGUGGUAUGUUACUAUGAAUCAAUAUAGAAAAUUGAUAUUUUGUUCAAAACUUGGGUAUUUUUACUUUUUUUUUAAAGAAACUGACACAAACAGUAAUAUCAACUUGUAAUUUCGUUUCCUGUUGAAAAUACAGUAAUAAUGCAUGGAAAAAAAAACCCUACACAAUUUACAGAUAAUCCUGUGUACACUAUAAAAAAAUGGUUUGACAAUUUGUUAUGCAGUCCUCAGCUGAAUCCCUGGGUAUGAAUUCCGUUCUCAUUUGUCAGAGUGUUAUAGUAGUAUUAUAUAGAACUUCAAUGUCUUUGUGGACAUUGUUGUGAAAUUGGUGACUUAAUGUCUAGCUUUCAUAUGUCUUUUUGCAAGACAGUUAGGAACAGUAUGUACAGUAUAUAAUUGCUAAAUGAUUUAAGUAUGACACUUGCAUUUGCUGAUGCUUAAUGAGACCCUAUUAUCUGCUCUUUGCUCCUAUUACUUUAUAGCCUUUUUAAUCUAUCAAGUAUUACAGCAGUACAGUGUUCUAUUUUUACAUCAAAACACAUUGAAUUGAUUUUAGAGCAUAAAAGAUAUGCAUUGCAAUGCAUUUUGGAAUUUGUACAGUCACUGAAAGAAAAACUUUAAAAAUGAGGGAAAAUAUUCCAGAAAACACAGGGCAAAGUACAUUCAGUGCCUUUAUACAAUAUGCAUUCCGUAAUGCGCUGUACUACUAAAUCAGUUGGUGCAGUAAACUGUGAUUAGCAGACUACUGUCAUUGCCAAAUAAAGGAAAAAUAUGAAGAAAAAGAAGUGUUAUGAAACUGUUGUGCUAAAAAUUGAAAGUUGAAAAUAUUUUAAAUUACAUGAAGAAGAGUAUAAUUUUUUCCCUUUAAAAGAAGCUUUCUACACAGUUACAGCACAACAUGUUUUCAUGGCCUUAGAGUACUUAAAACAAAAAUGAAAACAAACAAACAAACAAACCAACAAAAAUCCCAAAACACAACCAGAGUUAAAUUAUUUACUAACACAGCAAGGUAUAAGCUCUCGUAAAAUAAAUAACUAAAAACCCAAACCAUCUGACUCCAUCGGUGAGAGCACAUUUCUCUCUGUGUCCCAGCCUGAUCAGUGUGGCAGCUUUGUAAUUAUCUCCAGCCUGAAGCAGUGUGGGGGUUACCACCUGGAACCACAGCAUUCCAUCUGACAAGUGCUAAUAUGGUUUAUUGGUAAAGGAUUACCCUUAUUGGUUAAAAAAUUAUUUCCUCGCAUACUAUAUCAAUCAAAUGUUUACCUCCAAAUAUAAAUUUUUAUAACAACCUAUGGUUGAAGGAAUGCUCAGUUUCAUUUGCCAAUAAAUUGGUUUUUCAUAACUUGCAUCAAGUUUAAUUUUAAGUAAGCUUUUUAUAUGUAGAUAUUUUGUUGAAUUUGUAAAUACACUUAAAGCGUAGAUGCUAUAUGCUUCUAGGUGUUACAGACAAAUAAACCAAGAAAGCUUAUGUUGUACUGUGUAAGAAGUACUAUAGCCAAUGGUGUGCAUGGUAUU